AAGCCCGCGAAAUUCUGUACCGGCCCUUUAAAUUUGUUGUUUCCACACACAAGAAGUAGGCCUACAAGUGGCAGAUUGAAAAUGGAAUACUUUAAGGCCAAUCGUCAGUUUAAAUGGCUUGGAGAUGGCAUUAAACAGAAACGAUGUUUGCACUACAAUGAGUUUGAACUUACCAAUCGCAAGAAGAAAAUGACUAUCAAGGUGGGCGAUACUGUCCUCGUAGAUACUGAGGAAUCUGAUGAGAGCUAUGUUGCCAAAAUUCUGGAUUUAUUUGACAAAGGAACAGACUGUCAAGACCCGUACCAAGCAGUUGUACAGUGGUAUAUGAGAUGGUCAGAGUUGUCUUCUGGGGCAAAAAAGAGAUUAAAAAAUGUACCUCAUAAGAACGAGAUCUUCCACUACCAGCCUGCAACAUCUUCCUGCUCUCAUGAUAAGGUUGAUGCAGAAACAAUAAUUGAUAAAUGCAGAGUAAUUGAGCUGCAGGUCGAUGCCCCUUUCCCAUCAGCCCCAAAGAACUGCUUGAAGGAAUAUUAUGUAAAGUACCAAUUCAACGGGUUAAAGUUCAUGCCAAUGUUGGAACCAACAAAGAAAUUGGAACCCACGACCCCGCCUAAAGAAAGUUCAAGUACCAGUAAUUCAAAAACUCCAAAAGCCAGCACUUCGAAAACUCCAAAGGCCAGCACUUCAAAAACUCCAAAGUCUGUGAAUAUUAAGAGACGGAAAACCAACACCGAGAAACCUGCAAGUAAAGUGACGGAGAAUGUGAAAAAGGAACCAAAACAUAAGCUACCCAUGCUAGAAGUUUUCAAGUCACCAGGUAGAGGUAAUAAUAUAGCAGAAGCUGAUGUUCUAGAAUGUUUAUUUGAGGAAUUAGAACUUGGCAGUAAUAACAAUGACAUCGAAAGUGAAGAUAGUGAUAGUAAUUCUUCCGAAGAACUCAAGGAAUAUUCAGAACGUGGCAAUCACGCUGUUCUUGGCGUAAAAUCAAAAUUGCAACAUGUGCAUAUGGAUGGAGUCGCUGAAUUUGUAACUAUCAACAAAGAUGAACACACUGGUAAACGUAAAAAGUCUUACCACCAAUUAAAAUCAUCCAAGCGAAGAAAGGUUGAUACAGAAUACGAUAAUAUAUCACUGACCGUUAAGAAGCCGAAAGCAAAACUUGUCACACCCCCAAAUACAAAGCGGCCAAAACGAGCUGUAACAACAAGCAAGAAAGCUGAACUCACAAAAAAUAAACGCAGGUCACAAAGAAAGUCAUCAAAGGUGGAACUCUUUCCUAAAAGCCCAGCAAAGAAAAACCAGAAGCAAAGUAAAACCUCUGUAAGUAAAAGAACAAAAAGUAGACAAACGUAUGACUCCGAAGAUAGCAGCGAAGAAAGUAGUGAUGAUGACGUAUUCGUAAAGAAGGAAAAUAAAAAAACUCAGAUGAAAACACCCAAAACUAUAAGUAAAGCAAACAAAAAGAAAUUAGCGACACCAGGGAUGCAGUCAAGAGAAAAACCAGUUCAAAUUGCAAAAACAGUUUUAGAAAAAGCAAGGGCCAGGCUUCAUGUGUCUGCUGUACCUGAUACACUGCCAUGCAGGGAGGCUGAGUUUAUGGAUAUCUAUUCGUUUGUGGAGGGAAAGAUUUUGGAUGGUACAGGAGGAUGUAUGUAUAUAUCUGGUGUUCCAGGCACAGGAAAGACAGCCACUGUACAUGAGGUUGUUCGCUGUCUAAAUAUCGGUGUAGAUGAUGGAGAGAUACCAGCAUUUCACUGUAUUGAGAUAAAUGGCAUGCGCAUGACUGAUCCUCACCAGGCCCCUGUGCAGAUACUGAAGGCUUUGACAGGUCAGAAGGCAACACCAGAACAUGCUGCAUCUCUGCUGGAGAAAAGAUUCAGUAGUGCCUCAAAAAAACGAGAGCCAGUAGUACUCAUUGUGGAUGAGCUUGACUUGUUAUGGACAAGAAGACAAAAUGUGCUGUACAACAUAUUUGAUUGGCCGACUCGUCGUCAUGCAAAGCUUGUUGUCAUUGCAAUCGCAAACACCAUGGAUCUCCCGGAGCGUAUCAUGAUGAACAGGGUAGCCAGUCGUCUGGGCUUAACACGUAUGACCUUUCAACCUUACACGUUCAGGCAGUUGCACAGCAUUGUGAUGUCCAGGAUGAAGAAUUUGAAAGCAUUUGAUGAGGAUGCCAUCCAAUUAGCUGCUAGAAAGGUUGCUGCUCUGUCUGGUGAUGCAAGGAGGGCGCUAGACAUUUGCAGGAGAGCGACUGAAAUAGCCGAGUUUUCGCAAGAGUCUGGCAGGAGAGCCCCUUUGGUUGGCAUGCCUCAUAUUGAGACAGCUCUCAGUGAGAUGUUUUCUUCGCCAAAGAUAGUUGCAAUCAGACAAGCUUCUGAACAGGAGAAGAUUCUAUUGAGGGCAGUAGUCAAUGAAUUCAGGGCCAGUGGGCUUGAAGAAGCAGUUUUUUAUAGAGUCUACGAGCAGCAUAUUGCCUUGUGUAGACUUGAAGCAUCGGAACUAGCAACCCUGUGUUUUCACCUCGCUAGUUGUCGUCUACUCUUAGUAGAAAAUGGCCGUCAAGAUAUUCAUCAACGAAUCCGACUGAAUAUCAGCCAAGAUGAUGUAUUGUAUGCUCUCCGAGACACGCAAGUAUAAAUAUAUAAAACCUCUUUGUUUGGUUUACAAUAAUGCGAAAAAAAUAAAUGGGGAAAGUGUAUUAACCUCUGUUAAUUUCAUGAGGCUGGGGUUGUGUCGUGUAAUAAAGAAUAAUGAAUUGAAUUUUACAUUUUUAAAAAUAUUCUUUUGUACAAUAUUUUAAUAAAGUUAAAAUGAUUUUUUAACAGUUUUUAAUGGAUAUGAAUUACUGUAUUUUUUAAAUAUAAAUUGUUGAAAUGUAAUUUAAUAAAUAGUACAUAGUGCAUUACUCAGCUGACAUAUUAGAGAUCAAUAAAGUUAGGGUUUAUAUUAAUGCAUUUAUGAAUAUCAAUUGAUCCAUGUGGAUUGUUCUAUUGUUAAACUGUUCAUGUAGUCUGAUCAAUACCCUUUAUUGAUAGGUCCUCUGGUAGCUUAUUAUUUACAACUUACACUGUUUUGUACAAGACUUGCAUUACAGUAUUUUACCUCGUCACAUAAUGCAGCUGUGGCAUUAUACAAAUUUCGAAUUGGUAGUUGCCUGGCAGGGCAUUUUCAUUAUAAAAAGUUAUAAUUGUAAAAAAUGUUUUGUAAUAUAACAUUUGAUGUUAAACAAAUUUGAUGAAUUUUAAAGGCUGUUGUAUUCAUUUUAAGAUUAUUUAAAUGUUUAUUGAAUUUUAAUUGUUGUUAUGACUAUGUUAUGUUCAAUAUUAAUAACCAAAUGUCUGAAAUUGAAAUGUGUUAGAAUUUGUGUAACAAGCUCAAUAAAGAAA